UUGGAACCAAAUCGAGUCUUCCUCGCUUCCUAGACUCUGCUUAUCAACUAAGCUAUUGCAGGCACAUAUUCAAAGUUCAACGGUGACCGCGAUAUAAUCUCACUAUCUUCAAUCGAAUCCCCAGCCCCUCCUAAGAUAAUCUCUGUCAAAUUCUGAAGAAAUUCGACAUCAAAUAGCCUUCGAGAUCAAGAAGCAAAGCAUCAACAAUGUCGUGCAAUUCAAUUAAUGGGGAAUUCCCCGAUAUUUGGGACUGGAUUUCUACACUGCCGGCGGCCUCGGAUUGGAAAAGGAAUGACAAAUCCUUCAAACUCUGCAGCGGUUCUCAGGCCUCCUUACUCUUUUCUGCCAUUAAAAAGCAUGGUUCUCAAGCCCGAGAGGAGCAAAUUAUUUUCUCACUGCUUGCAGAUUUCCAAUUUUCCAUUCCCUUAUGGACAUCCGAGCCAUGUAGGCUUCAACCUAGAGAGAAGGCCAUGUUUGAUCUUUUCCUGAACUUUAUAGGGGGCAUCUUGCUCUACAGUCCACAUAAAUGGGCGCCUCGACUGGAAAGCCAUAUAGACCAGGCGAUGGUUAUACGAUCGAAGCAUUCCAAGGGCAUGUUCAAGUGUGUAUUUUUGGCCCUGGCGCUGUGCGUUUGCUUUUACGAGGCGCCAGGGGAUAUUAGAUCAUGCUGUGUGGAAGUGGUAGAGCGAGAAUUGGAGAAAGAGGUUAAAAAUGGGGAUUACUGGAAGGCGGUGCUUGAGGUAGUUGGAAGCAAAAUUGAAGAGCAGGUGAUGAGAUCCAUGGCCCUGCUCAUAACCAACAGGAUUUUCCGAGCAUCCAAAGAAUCUAAGAAUUCCGAAUGGGAUAGAAGCCAAAUUAUGCGCAUUCCGUUGCCCUGUUCUUACAGUACCUCCACUAAAGGCCUCUGGCAGGUUAGGGUUUACUCGCCUAUUUUAGGCAUGAAACCUUUGGAUAAACAUCAUAGUUCCAAAGACGAUAGACUGGCCGUCGCUUUAAGUUACCUUCAUGUCGAGGCGGUUCUGCAGCUCAGCUAUGAUCUGAACUUCACUCCCGACUGGAUCGAGGUUCGUGUGAAGGUGGACAAUAUAAGAUGCGAUGUUGUUCCUCUGGUAUCAGAAGAGGAAAUGGAGGAGGAAAGCGGGCUUCCAGAGGAGAAACAUUUUCCUUCCACAGUCUCAAUCGAGUUGGCCCCUGAGAAAGAAUCGAAGCUUCUGGCGGUAUCGUUGAAUAUGUCGUCUGGAAACCCUUCUUACGAGAUGAGCAGUGAAAGAAGCGCGGAGACCGGGUUCGAACCCCCGGGCAUCUACGGUGGAGUAAGAUUUACAGGCACGGAAGGAUUGACGGUGAGCAUGAAAGCUUGGAAGAUGGAGCAGUCUGUUGAUGGGAGUCAGGGGAUCUUCGACUGGGCUCUCUAUGACACUCUCACCACUAAAAAGGUGUCCUCUUCCAGGCCCUCCAAGAUGGAAUGGAUGCAGCCCAAGGCCUGGUUUAAGGACAGAUAUUCUUCUGCUUUCAGCCCUUUCACCAGGCAAGGUGGGGUUGUGUUUGCUGGGGAUGCGUAUUCCGAAGGCAUAAGUUGGAAGGUGAAAACUGAAAUGGAAGGGAAGAUAAUGAGAUGGGAAGUGGGAGGAAGCAUCUGUGUUACUUAUUGGCCUAACAAGUACAGAACUUUCUUCUGUGAAACCAGGCAGCUGGAUUUCUGUGAGCCUGUUGAUCUCCCUCUCAUACGCAGCGGCAAGUAAUAUUUGUCUCAGAGUACGUAUCUGUUUGUUUUUAUACAGACCUGUUCGUCGUCCUUUGGCUUUGGAGGACGUGGGAGCGAGCAUAUUAUUGUCAAUAAUUUUAAGGAAAGCUGUAAAAUAAUCUAAAAAUAAAUGGUUACAAAUUUUUAUUGAACAUGUAAAUUUAGUGAUAUAGCAGAUAUAUUUGUGCUUGAGUAUAAAUUCAAGUUGUUGUCUGUUCUAUUGUACAAUGGAUUUGUACAUAUUUAUGUAUACAAUAUUUCUAAUAUCAAAAGAUGUAUUAGUUUUUUA